UUCUCUCUCUUCAGCCCCUCCACUUCCCCUUUCAGUUCCUCCACCUCUGUCUCACUGGCUGUCACUCUGGUCCCCAUGGCUGACAGUUCAGCUGUUUGGACUGGAAUUAUGGGAAUAAUAUCUAGAGCUCUUGAUCUGAUGUCGAGAGCUCAAAUAAACUGAUGAUGAAUUCAACAGACUCUUCAGCUGCCUCAUGUUAGCUGCAUUCUCUCUCUCUCCCCAGUUCAUCCACCUUGUUCUUGGGGAACUGCUGUUCCGUCAUAGUGACACUCCGUUCUUUGGUUCUCCUUUCAGCUCAUCCACCUCUCCUUUCAGCUCCUCCACCUCUCCUUUCAGCUCCUCCACCUCUCCUUUCAGCUCCUCCACCUCUCCUUUCAGCUCCUCCACCUCUCCUUUCAGCUCCUCCACCUCUCCUUUCAGCUCAUCCACCUCUCCUUUCAGCUCCUCCACCUCUCCUUUCAGCUCCUUAACCUCUCCUUUCAGCUCCUCCACCUCUCCUUUCAGCUCCUCCACCUCUCCUUUCAGUCGGUCUGUUUUGUGCCCUCUAGUAAGUAGGGUCGGCAGGUAGCCUAGUGGUUAAGAGCGUUGGGCCAGUAACCGAAAGGUCACUGGUUUGAAUCCCUGAGCCAACUAGGUGAAAAAUGGAUAGAUUGCUCUUGAGCAAGGCACUAAACCCUAAUUACUCAUGUAAGUCACUCUGGAUAAGAGCGUCUGAUAAAGGACUCAAAGGUAAGUAAAUAUAAAGCAGCAAGGUACCAGAAAUAUCACCAUGGUUACCAAAGGGCUAGCUGCUAGAGUUACUAUUAUUAUUAAUUGGAGGUCUAGGUACAGUCCUCACCAUAGUCUGUUCACCGAGAUCCACAAGGUGGAGUUAACUUGGAGGGGAGGGAGAAGGGAGUGAGGGUUGAAAACAAAGCCUUGCCUCUGUGGCUGUUGUCAAAGCAACAGAAAAGGAGCAGGAAGUAUCCAGGUAGUUAAAUAGAACACACACACUCCCUCUGGUAAUCUCCGGUCCUCACACACUGAACAGCCACUGCGCCACCUGACCAGCCUCAUACAGGUAAGAGACACCUGCUGCUAGCUACACCUGAUCUCCUCUGAGAAAACACAUGAACCUGGGCAUGUGUGUUCUCUCUUUCCCUGUCCUCUCUUUCUCACACAUCUGUCUCCGUUUUCAUGUGUUCUCUCCCUGUGACCGAACAAUGCCAAUAGUAUGUCUGUCAUAUAAGAAUGUUCCAGAUGGACCUGGCAUGGGCUAUAUUAUAAAGUUGUCAUAUUUUCAUAGACUAAUGGGACAAUAUAUGUGGGGUAAUGGCUCUCAGCACUUGGCUUUGCCCAGUUUAAAUGCCAGGUAAACAGGAGUGGUAUUAUUUGCGCAUGUCAACGUGUGUAUAUGCUGCCAAGCGCCAAACUGCCAGAACUGGAUUGGCAGUGUAUCCGCCCAGGCAGCCAUUAUUCUGACAAUCAUUGUUUCACAGUCUCAUAAUGGGCCACCAGAAUAGCUCAAGACACACCUGACUGUAGUAUGUAACUAUGUAAUAAUCACUGAGUAACAUCAUAAUAAUCACUCAGUCAGACAGAGUGAUUAUUAUUAAAAGAAAUUCAACAUCACAAAAAGUAUCUCAUUCACAGAGAAAGGUUUAUUUAAGCAUACAGUUUGCAUGGUUAGUGAAUAGUUCAAGUGUAAAUUGCCUUUCUUGAUGGCUCCUGAGAUGAGAUAAUUAAAGUUGAAUUGAAUUAUAAUUUAAAUGGAGGACUAUGAGGAAGAGAGGAGGAAGAGGUGGUUUGUGAUAGGAAUUUAUCAGCAGAGCGGCAGCCAGGUGAAUACCAGCCAGGUGUGUACCAGCCAGUUGAAUACCAGCCAGGUGAAUACCAGCCAGGUGAAUACCAGCCAGGUGAAUACCAGCCAGGUGAAUACCAGCCAGGUCCAGGUGAACACCAGCCAGGUGAAUACCAGCCAGGUCCAGGUAAACACCAGCCAGGUGAAUACCAGCCAAGUGAACACCAGCCAGGUGAAUACCAGCCAGGUCCAGGUAAACACCAGCCAGGUGAAUACCAGCCAGGUGAAUACCAGCCAGGUGAAUACCAGCCAGGUGAAUACCAGCCAGGUGAAUACCAGCCAGGUCCAGGUAAACACCAGCCAGGUGAAUACCAGCCAGGUGAAUACCAACCAGGUGAAUACCAGCCAGGUGAAUACCAGCCAGGUGAACACCAGCCAGGUGAAUACCAGCCAGGUCCAGGUAAACACCAGCCAGGUGAAUACCAGCCAACUGAACACCAGCCAGGUGAAUACCAGCCAGGUCCAGGUAAACACCAGCCAGGUGAAUACCAGCCAGGUGAAUACCAGCCAGGUGAAUACCAGCCAGGUGAAUACCAGCCAGAUCCAGGUAAACACCAGCCAGGUGAAUACCAGCCAGGUGAAUACCAGCCAGGUGAACACCAGCCAGGUGAAUACCAGCCAGGUCCAGGUAAACACCAGCCAGGUGAAUACCAGCCAGGUGAAUACCAGCCAGGUGAAUACCAGCCAGGUGAACACCAGCCAGGUGAAUACCAGCCAGGUCCAGGUAAACACCAGCCAGGUGAACACCAGCCAGGUGAAUACCAGCCAGGUGAAUACCAGCCAGAUGAACACCAGCCAGGUGAACACCAGCCAGGUGAAUACCAGCCAGGUGAAUACCAGCCAGGUAAACACCAGCCAGGUGAACACCAGCCAGGUGAAUACCAGCCAGGUGAAUACCAGCCAGGUGAACACCAGCCAGGUGAAUACCUGCCAGGCCCAGGUAAACACCAGCCAGGUGAAUACCAGCCAGGUGAAAUACCAGCCAGGUGAAAUAACAGCCAGGUGAACACCAGCCAGGUGAACACCAGCCAGGUGAAUACCAGCCAGGUGAAUACCAGCCAGGUGAACACCAGCCAGGUGAAUACCAGCCAGGUGAAAUACCAGCCAGGUGAACACCAGCCAGGUGAAAUACCAGCCAGGUGAAAUACCAGCCAGGUGAAUACCAGCCAGGUGAAUACCAGCCAGGUGAACACCAGCCAGGUGAACACCAGCCAGGUGAAUACCAGCCAGGUGAAAUACCAGCCAGGUGAAAUACCAGCCAGGUCAAUA